AUGGGAGUGACCAUCAGGGAACCCUCCAACACCCCACGAGUAGCUGCUGCCCCUGAUCCACCAAGAAAGGGCAAGUGGAAGGUUUCCGAACAUCCCGAGCCCAUUCUUGAAUCUUCAGAUGAGAACUUCAUGUCAGCUGAAGAUAUGUUCGAUUUGUACAACGAACCUGAACCCACCGCUCCUUCGAGCAAGAAAAAUGGGAGCAGGCAACAUCGCGGAGAGAGCAGCAGCAACCCUCCAGCAAAAAAGACUCAGACCGCGGAUUCUCCAAUACCAGAUCCUUCCAAGGAAACAAUGCCUCCUCCAACUCCCAUCGACCAGACGUCUCCCCCAGCCCCUGUCGACCAGACACGUCCUCCAGCGCCUGUUAACCAACCUCCUCCAGCUCCUGCUGACUAG